AUAAAAGGUCUGGCAGGAGUGAGCAAGUUUAGUGUACAACAGAAGCUCGACAAGCAAAGAUGCCUCCUCCACCACCGCACCACCAUCACAACCCGCCGCCCCAUGGGCCACCACACCACGAACCACCGCACCAUGGACCACCGCACCAUGGACCUCCGCACUAUGAACCACAUCCCCCGUUCCACACGCCAGUGCAUCCGAUUUACUACGAACCACCUCACGGAAACAGCUCCGGCUACAAUCCUCCUCCGCCGCAUGGUCCAUAUCCACAUGGUCCAGGAUACGUGGCCCCAGGACCUCCAAUGCAUAAGCGAUGAGAACUGAACUGUAAUCAAGAUCGGUCAAUAUAAU